UGUUGAGGUCUUCCUGUUGAGGUCUUCCUGUUUUAUGUGUAAAUUGUCUUGGUGUUUGGGCCCUGUAAGCGUAACAGGAUAUUAGCGUAUGUCGAGUGCACCUAUCUACACCCUGUAGCGCAUCACUGUGGGUUUUUGUCACACUUGUGUGUGAAGUACAUAUAUGUCACGCUGACCUCAGAUACCUGCGAAAACAUAUUGCGUCUCCACAAACCGUGAGUAGAAUCACCACACAGGAUGAAGGUCCUAGGGAUAGAGUUCGCUCCCCUGAGGAUUCCCUUGGAGCGUCGCCUGCAGACAAUAUCAGUUUACCAGUUCACUCUUUCGUUCUUGUUCCUCGGCUUCUUCUGUCUGUUCCUGUCCUUCUACCUGCUGUUCACACGCUUCUACUAUGUAUCAUUAAUCUAUGCAGUGUGGUACGUCUACGACCGCAAACAGAGUGCCCGUGGAGGGCGCCCCAUCCUGUGGGUGCGCGGGUGGAGGAUGUGGAAGAACUUUGCCAACUACUUCCCUCUGAAGCUGAUAAAGACAGUGGACUUGAACCCCAACAGGAACUAUAUAUUUGCGUGUCACCCCCAUGGUGUCAUGUGUUAUAGCCAUUUUUGUAAUUUUGCUACAGAAGGAACAGGAUUUAGCGACUUAUUUCCUGGCCUGCGCCCCUAUUUGCUGACCCUCGCAGGCCAGUAUAAGUUUCCUUUCUUCAGGGAAUAUUUUAUGUUAACAGGCUCCUGUGAUGCAAGCAAGGAAAGUAUAGAGUAUCUUUUAUCGAAGGCUGGGACAGGCAAUGUCCUUGGCCUAGUCAUCGGAGGAGCCAUUGAAGCUCUGAAUGCCUCUCCCGGGAACUUCAGACUUCAUUUGAAAAACCGGAAAGGUUUUAUAAAAAUAGCUAUGAAACAUGGAGCUGAUGUCUGCCCUGUGUUUUCCUUUGGAGAAAAUGACUUGUAUUCUCAAGUGCCUAAUCCUGAGGGGUCUUUCACACGAAAAUUACAGAUAACGUUAACCCGGGUAUGUGGGUUUUCCCCGCCGAUAUUUUAUGGGCGAGGUGUGUUCAACUAUUCCUUUGGACUCCUGCCUCACAGGCGACCGAUGAACACAGUGGUGGGAAAACCAAUUGGAAUUACAAAGAACGAGAAUCCAACCAACGAAGAAGUGGCUGAUCUUCACCAGAAGUACAUGGAUGCCCUUAUAGACUUGUUUGAAACUAACAAGACCAAGUAUGGUGUUGCUGAAGACGAGCAUCUUAUUCUUGAGUGAUUACAAGACCAAAUAUGGUAUUGAUGAAGACUGCCAUCUUAUUAUUUAAUGAUAGCAGGACCAUAUA